AUGGCUUCUAUUGCUUCGGGACUUUUCAAGUCUCUCCCUAAGCCCAAAUACACGGGCGAGGAGGAGGAGUUGCCACAGCAUGCGCAACCCCGUGGUCCGCGUGUCGUGGGCGCCGAUCAGCUCGAUGAAACGCAGGUCGUCUUACGGAGAACCGGCCCUCCGCCCUACGGAAAUCGUGCAGGAUGGCGACCGCGCGCCCCCGAAGAUUUUGGCGACGGCGGCGCGUUCCCUGAGAUUCUAGUCGCACAGUACCCCCUCGACAUGGGCCGUAAGGGAACCUCAUCGUCAUCUAAUGCGCUGGCGGUUCAGGUCGACGCUGAGGGUAAGGUCAAGUACGAUGCGAUCGCGCGCCGCGGACACAGCGACAACCGCAUCGUCCAUGCGUCGUUCAAGGAUUUGAUCCCGCUCCGGCAGCGGGUGGAUAUGGGGGAGAUUUCUCUCGAUAGACCAUCGGAGGAGGAGGUUGAGGCUCAGAUGGAAAAGACCAAGAAUGCGCUCGCCAGCCUGGUGGAUGGAGCCCUGCAAUCACAGAAGCCGAAGAACGUCAAGGGUGGUCGACGGGCAGAGCCGACCUUUGUUCGGUACACGCCGGCGAACCAGAUGGGAAAUAAUGAGAAAAAGAACGACCGCAUUAUGAAGAUCGUUGAGCGUCAGCAGGAUCCUAUGGAGCCGCCCAAGUUCAAGCACAAGAAGAUUCCCCGUGGACCACCAUCACCCCCGCCCCCCGUUAUGCACUCGCCGCCGCGGAAGCUCACUGCUGAAGACCAAGAAGCUUGGAAGAUUCCUCCUCCGGUUUCGAACUGGAAGAACCCGAAGGGUUACACUGUGCCCUUGGACAAGCGUUUGGCUGCAGAUGGCCGUGGGUUGCAAGAUGUUUCUAUCAACGACAAGUUCGCCCAAUUCGCCGAAGCAUUGUUCACGGCCGACCGCCACGCCCGUGAGGAGGUGCAGCUCCGAGCUCAGAUGCAACAAAAGCUUGCCGAGAAGGAAAAGGCCCAGAAAGAGGAGCACCUUCGACAACUGGCCCAAAAGGCCCGCGAGGAGCUGCUAGCCGCAGUGUUUCCCCCCUACUCCUCCAGGUCUGGUAGUCCGAGCGAGGACGAGGCGGCCCGAGAGCGUGAGCAGCAGCGCCGCGAGCGACGACAAGAGAAUGAGCGGCAACUGCGCCAGUCUCGUAUGGGUACCGAGCGCCGUAUUCAGGCCAUGGCCCGUGAACAGGACCGUGAUAUUUCUGAGAAGGUUGCCCUGGGUCUAGCCAAGCCUACACAAAGCUCCGAGACCAUGUGGGACUCGCGCCUGUUUAAUCAGACCAGCGGCAUGAAUGCUGGUUUCAACGAAGACAACCCCUAUGACAAGCCGCUGUUUGCUGCGCAGGACGCCAUCAACAGCAUCUACCGCCCUCGUGCUCAGGUUGACGCCGACGACGAUGAGGGUGGCGAGGCUGAAAUGGGCAAGCUCCAGAAGACCAGCCGCUUUGAGGUUCUUGGACGAGCUAAGGAGGGCUUCAAGGGUGCUGCGGAUGCUGAGGAGCGCCAAGGCCCUGUCCAGUUCGAAAAAGAUACCGCCGAUCCCUUCGGUAUUGAUAGCAUGAUUGCCGAUGUGACUUCUGGUCAGAAGCGUUACGGUAUCCAAGAGGCUGAGGGAGAUGACCGGGGCUCAAAACGCGCUCGCGUUGAUGACGACUAA